CCUAAUUUCGACAAUCGGAAUCGGAACCCAGAUAUGGGGAUUGAGUACUACAACAUCCUGAAAGUGAACCGCAACGCCAGCGACGAAGACUUGAAGAAAGCCUACCGGCGCCUCGCCAUGAUUUGGCAUCCCGACAAAAACGCCAACAAGCAGGAGGCCCAGGCCAAAUUCAAGCAGAUUUCCGAAGCCUACGAUGUACUCAGCGACCCUCAGAAGCGCCAGAUCUACGAUCUCUACGGCGAAGAUGGCCUCAAAUCGGGCGAAGAGGGCCUCAAAUCGGGCCAAUUCCCCCCUCAAAUCGGAACCCAGAUAUAGGGAUUGAUUACUACAACAUCCUGACAGUGAACCGCAACGCCAGCGACGAAGACUUGAAGAAAGCCUACCGCCGCCUCGCCAUGAUUUGGCAUCCUGACAAAAACGCCAACAAGCAAGAGGCCGAGACCGAAUUCAAGCAGAUUUCCGAAGCCUACGAUGUACUCAGCGGCCCUCAGAAGCGCCAGAUCUAUGAUCUCUACGGCGAAGAGGGCCUCAAAUCGGACCCCGCCCACCACCACCGCCCUCCUUCUCUCACAUCUGCAAUCAAUCACUUCCCGUAACAGGAAUUACAAAAAAAAAGAAAAAAAAGCCCCAAUUUCAACAAUCGGAAUCGGAACCCAGAUAUGGGGAUUGAGUACUACAACAUCCUGAAAGUGAACCGCAACGCCAGCGACGAAGACUUGAAGAAAGCC